AUGGCGCUCUCCUCCCUCGCCGAUGCGCCAUCGCUCUCCAGAUCGUCCGAAUCGGGCCUUCCGCCGCUUGGACGAUCCUGGUCCCGUGCUCGUCACGACGACAGAUCGAUAGAUGCGCUUUUUGAUGAAGGUCUGGUAGGGAUUGACGAGGAAAGUCCAUUGGAAUUGCCAGUGUCCACAAAGACGUCGAGUGUUACUGAAAGUACACGCACUGAUUCAGCUCAAGGCAGCCACUCUGUGAGCUCGUUUACUGUCAAAAACGAUGAUGCUGAGAAACAGUGCUCCACUCCAACCAUGUUUCCCAGCGUGAAUCCCACGAUGAGCUCUCCGACAGAAGAAUGCAAGCCAGAGACGCCACCGGAUGAGGAAAUCUUCAAGAGGAAAUGGAAGGAAAAUCUCGCUCCACCUCCAAGCUUGGAAAAGAAGAGUUCCUUUGACAGCCUUCUCACUCAUGUUUCGUCUGUUAAACACGACCAAGAGCCUCGGAAGAAAAAGGAUGACGACUGGGGUGAGAGCUCAGAUAUCCUAUCUAUGCUUCCGGAUGGCUCGGAGGGUGACUUCAAUAAGGCAAAACCGGAAAGAAGGCCAUCUAAUAUAUCGAAGAAGCCAACGACUGAAAGACCGGAUACACCAUUUGAGUUUGGUGAGUACCAACCUUCGUGCCUCUCGGGAAAAACUCCUAUAGCCGGAAGAAGACGAAUGAGCCCCACAAAUUUCAGCUCAACACUAGGCAACACGGAGGGAACGGGCAAGCUCUCAGAUAGUACGAGCCAUACAAAACGAGAUGGAGACGACAUUUCGUUAAUCAUCCCCGUUACUCCUCCAGUUGACAAACAAGCCAAGCCCAGUCCGGCAAUCCAGCAACGUGAAAAAGCGCAACCAAAAGCACACCGAGUUUCUUUUGCAAGUGGUCUCGAAAACUUGAGUUCGCAGGAAUCUGAAGAAUCAGGAUCAGACAAGCGUGCAGUUCCUGAGAGUGGGAACUCGGAAAGCACAUUGUUUGAGAGGCUAAGACAAACUCUAGUCUCGAAAGGGAUCCUUGAAAGCGAGAAAAAUCAACUAACAGAUGAAGUCAAGCAACUGAAGUCUGAGAACUCCUUACUGAAGGAAGAAAUUCUUAAGGUUGAGAAAGAAAAGCUGCGAAUUGAGAGGGAGAUUUCUGAGAUUGAAAUCUCUAGCAAUUCAGCACUGUGCAAGCAAUUUUCAGAAGAUAAAGAGGAGGCACAAAAGAUUGUUGUGCAGCUAUCAUCUGAAAUCCAUCUUUUGAAAAACACUUGCAUUCUUGCGGACGAGAAGCUGUCGUCAUUACAGCGAGUUUACCAAGAAGAGGUGGAUAUAUUGAAAAUUUCCCAUGCGAGGGAAAUGGAAGCCAAGGAGAAUCAGCUAAACAGCGAGAGAGCAUUUGUGGCAAAUCAAAAGCAUACGAUGGAAAUGCUCACGCAGCUAGUCUCAAAAUCCAAUGACUGGUGUACUAAGGUCGACGAGAUACAGCAUUGGAUGGUUACAGAGAAAGAGAACUCUAAUAAGUUCAGGACUGAAUGGCUGGACGGGUUUGAGAGAUCAAUGCAUCAGCAACACACGUUCAUGAAUGAGUGGCAAAACCAGUUGGAGGAGCUAAUGCGAAUUCUUUCAUUGUCUGUCCAUAACAUUAAAGAUUUACAGACUACUGAGAGGGAUAGUCUCCUCAGAGAGCGAGCACAUUUGCAAGCGCUUCAGGAAGCUGUCCAACGUGAGCGAUCCCAGUCUCUGGCGGAUCUUACAGCGUCAAGGCAGAAGAUGGACGAGCUCAGAAGUAUGUGUCUUCAAGAAAAGGAGUCAUUUCUUCAAAAGUGCUUUGAGGAAAAAAAGGAACUUGCUGGUAAACGUGAUGCAGUACUUCGAAUGAAGGAACAGCUAUAUCAUGCAGAUGCCUCACUUGAGAAGCAACUUGUGGAACAUGCAGCGAGAAUACAAACUGGUUUGGUGGCUGUGGUAGUUUGUUUCCGAGUUCUUUUGUCUUGA